CCACAGCUAGAACCAUCUCGAGACACUCACCCAUACACACACCCACACACACGCACGUCUUCAUCCAAUCCUACCAGGUUCUCCACCUGCUCCCAUCUCCUCCCCGCCUCGUUGCGAACAUAACACCCUCCCAGACCACUCACCACAAUGACGACCGAAGCCCCCCGAUUCGACAUCCAGGACAACAGCUACCGCAUCAAGGAGGCGCGGCGCAACCGGUACCUGACGUUCGACGACGACGCGCACGACAACGUGGUGACGAUGGAGGACGCCAAGGUGUACUGGACUGUGCAGAUGCGGUCCAACAGCGGUGAUGCCACCAUCACGGAGAAGAACUCUGAGAACGUGCUGGACUGCGAGGGCGGCGCGGGGCCGAACGUUAUCCUCUACUCCAUCAACGGCAACGGCACCGAUAACCAGCGCUGGGUCAUCACCGAGACUGGCGAUGACGAUCAUAGCCAGUACAUCGAGUCCGUGCAGAACAACAACCACGUCCUGGUUGCCGACCCAGGCCACAGCCGCAAGUGCAACGUGCACAUCGCGCGUAAGGGCAGCUCGGUCAACGAGAAGUGGGUCUUCGUCAAGCAGUAGAUCGCGACGACCACCACGCGUCCUGGCGCGGUGCGGUCUUGACUCUUGAGGAGGAGCAGAGUAUUUGGUUUUUUUUAUGUGAUGGGUUGCAGUUGGGAUGCUAGCUAGCUGCUUGAGCGGGAUGGGAUUCAUCAUGCGUCAUGAACAUGAUGCCAUUCUUCUAUACUCUCAUUUAUUCGAUCUUGGUCUGCAAUUUUUUCCGUUGCUGCGGAAACACGCUCGA